AUGGGAGUGGUCCUUGGGCCUUUGAAUUCGGCCUCUGUCACUGACGAAGAGAAUGGGUUGAACUAUCCAGAUCUACUUCUGCAAAUCGUCACGCAUGAAGAGGUGCACCGCGCUGCGCGUGACGUCGAAAUUCACGACCGAUUUCCAGAUACCGAUUUUACUUUCCUGCAUGGCAGCCGGUCCACUCGGUGGACGUCAAUCGCCCCGGGCACUAAUAUCACGCAUGCUGUGAUUGUCAUCCCACGCUUUGUCGGUGGUUACAAUUUUACUAGCGCAGAAGUACUUUACAAGGCUGGAGCGGAUUCAAAAGUCACCCACGGGUAUUCGUCCGCUCCGGGCGUGCGCUACGUCGUUACCCCCUCACACUUCAACCGACAAUUUGCCUCGCACUGGCUGGAAUGGAUCUGCUUCGCCUUCAUAACUGCUCCCUGUAUUGUGAUUCCCUACAUGCUGUGGCGCUCCGGCGCCUCCAAGUACAUGUAA